AUGAGCCGCCUGUCAGUAUUGAAGGGCACCAUCGGGGAGAUCAAAAGGGAAGACAUCGCAAAGCUCAAAUCGGAGGACAUCGAGGCCCAUCAUCGCAUUGUGGAGACACAAUGGACGAAUUUUUCGUCCUACCACGAACAGAUGCUGGAGGAGGCUACGGAGGAGAUCUUUUCGCACCCUUACUUCAUCUCUGACGUCUUCGAGGAAGCUCUCUAUAAUCUAGAGAAGAUCAAACUGCCUGACUUCGACGGGAAAUAUGGGAACUGGAAGAGCUUCCACGACAUCUAUGCCUCGCUCGUGCAUAAUCAGCCCUUCAGCGACAUCGACAAGAUGGUGAGGUUGAAGAAUGCACUGAACGGCAAGGCAUCGGAACUUAUCUCCAACAUCGGACCUGAGGCAGCAAAUUAUCAAUUUGUUUGGGCAAAGUUGGUCGCUCGCUAUGAAAAUCCAAGGCUCAUCAUGGCAGCUCAUCUUAACAAAAUUCUCAAUCUUCGGGAGCUCAAGGAGAAGUCAGCGACAGGACUUCUCUUCAUCAUCGACACUGUCUCGGAGGCCCUAGAGGCCUUGAAAAAUCUUGGAGCGCCAGUCGAGCAUUGGGACAUCAUAGUGGCCCACAUCGUGAGGAAAGUCAUCGACACCAAAACCCGAGAGGAUUGGGAAAUGUCACUAGGGGAUUCAACGAAACCUCCCGAGUUGAAGGUCUUCAUGGAGUUCCUCAAGGCCAGAGCGAGGGCCUUGGAGAACGUCGAACGUGAUGAGGACGGAGGAGCAUCAGGCAAGCGCUUUCAGAAGCCUAAGUCAUCGGCCUCAGUUAAUCAGGUGUCUUACGCGAAAAAGGCAUCAGGAAAAUCAUCAUCGGGGACUGGGCAGACGUGUACACCACCGGUCGACAAGAAGAGGGAGUGUAGGGCCCGCCAGGAAGAUCAUUGGCUGGGGCCGGAAUGCCCAAAGUUUAUGGAACUGAGGCCACAUGAGAGGAAGCAGUUCUUAACGGACAAAGGGCUCUGCUACAACUGCCUGGGUCCUCAUCGG